CGCUGCUUCGAUUUGUCAAUUAUUCAUCCCACGCUGCGCAACGGGCGUAGCGCUCUGCGUGGCCACCUGCGGGCCACUGAGGCCCCAGACCGGCUCAAGGGGCUUCCAAGGAGAGAAAGGGGCGCCGCUGUGCCUCGAUGAGCGGCCAUGAGCUGGUGUGAAGCCGCCCACGAGGGGAGCUGCACGGCCCAGCAAUCUGGACACAGGCCAAGGAGUCAAGAACUGUUGACAUCCAGGUCUCCACUCUCCCACUGACACCAGCGACCAUUCAGCCCCGGCAAACCAUAUGGCCCCUUGUUUUCCUGAUGUAUGAGGACUCCAGCAGGUGCCUGAGUGAGCGCGGCAGCCGGCCUGCGGGGCCAUGGCCAACACGGCCGUGCAGCUCCUGGGCUUCCUGCUCAGCUUCCUGGGCCUGGUGGGCACGCUGAUCACCACCAUCCUGCCGCACUGGCGCAGGACGGCGCACGUGGGCACCAACAUCCUGACGGCCGUGUCCUACCUGAAGGGGCUGUGGAUGGAGUGCGUGUGGCACAGCACGGGCAUCUACCAGUGCCAGAUCUACCGCUCGCUGCUGGCGCUGCCCCGCGACCUGCAGGCGGCCCGGGCGCUCAUGGUCAUCUCCUGCCUGCUGUCGGGCGUGGCCUGCGCCUGCGCCGUGGUGGGCAUGAAGUGCACGCGCUGCGCCAAGGGCACGCCCGCCAAGACCACCUUCGCGGUGCUGGGUGGCGCGCUCUUCAUCCUGGCCGGCCUCCUCUGCAUGGUGGCCGUCUCCUGGACCACCAACGACGUGGUGCAGAACUUCUACAACCCGCUGCUGCCCAGCGGCAUGAAGUUCGAGAUCGGGCAGGCCCUGUACCUCGGCUUCAUCUCCUCGUCCCUCUCGCUCAUCGGCGGCACGCUGCUCUGCCUGUCCUGCCAGGACGAGGCGCCCUCCAGGCUCCACCAGGCCCAGCCCAGGGCCGCAGCAGCCACGGCGCCCGCCUACCGGCCACCCGACGCCUACAAGGACAACCGGGCCCCCUCGGUCACCUCGGCCUCGCACAGCGGGUACAGGCUGAACGACUACGUGUGAGUUCCCAGGGCCUGGCCCUCCCUGAGCCCCGAAAGGCGCCAGGACCCAGACUGCCCCCUACUGCAGGGGUCCCGUGGCACUCAGUUUACUUUUGGGCUGCUUUUGGUCCAAAGGAAUAAUGUGAACAUGAGGAGAUGGAGGGAAAUGUGAACAGGGAAAGAGGGAAAAAGAAGAGAAAAGCUCUAUAUACCAAAGACUAAAACAAAGAAAAUCCUUUCUUUUUGUAUUUAUUACUAUAUGUAUUUAUGUGGGUGAUUUAAUUAAAAAGUGACUUGGGGGGGGUUGGUCAGUGGGGUUUGUU